CACAAGUGGUUUCACCAGUAGGAUAAAUUCCAAACAUUUCAGUUGAGUCUUAAAAUUGCUCCAGAUGAAGGAGAGGGCCUUGACCAAAAGAAGAAUGAUCUGAUUGAGAGGUCAGCUUCUUCAGAAUAAAGCCAAACCUGAAAAAGAAGCAACCCAGACUCUCUCCACGACCAGAAGAAUGAGCACUGAGAGACCUUCCAACUUAAUCAAACACCCAGGGCAGACAAGCAUUCCAUCUCUCGAAAACAUAACUGAAUUUUCAUUAAAUGUCACUGACUGCACCCAGGUUGUGGUGCCAGAGGAAGUUUUUUUCACUGUUGCUGCCGCUGGGAUACUGGAAAAUCUACUUAUCCUCAUUGCUGUUGUUAGAAAUAAGAAUUUACACUUGCCCAUGUACUUCUUCAUUUGCAGUUUAGCCAUUUCAGACAUGUUGGGUAGCUUGUACAAAACUCUGGAGAACAUCUUUAUCAUCUUGUGCAAAAUGGGAUACCUGACACGUCACGGAGACUUCGAGAAAAAACUGGAUGAUGCCAUGGAUUCCAUGUUCAUUCUGUCUUUGCUGGGGUCCAUUUUCAGCUUGCUAGCUAUUGCAGCAGAUCGAUACAUCACUAUCUUCUACGCUUUGCGGUACCACAAUAUCAUGACACUGAGGAGGGCCUUGGUUAUCUUGGCAAUCAUUUGGGCAUUCUGUGCCGGCAGCAGCAUUGCCAUUGCCCUCUUCUCCUAUGAAGCAGCAACAGUCAUUCCUUUCACCAUCCUGUUCCCUUUGAUGAUGUUUUUCAUACUCUGCCUCUAUGUCCACAUGUUUCUCCUGGCUCGAUCUCAUGCCAAAAAGAUUGCCUCACUGCCCAGCAGCACUGUUCAUCACAGAACUAACAUGAAAGGCGCGAUUACACUGACUAUUUUUCUUGGAGUUUUCCUUUGCUGUUGGGCUCCCUUUGUUCUUCACAUCCUCUUAGCAAGGUUUUGCCCACAUAACCCUUACUGUGCCUGCUACAUGUCCAUUUUCCAUGUGAAUGGGACACUCAUAAUGUGCAAUGCCAUCAUCAACCCUAUGAUUUUUGCAUUCCGAAGCCCAGAAUUGCGGAGUACGUUUAAGAAGAUGCUCUACUGUUCCAGGUCAAACUGCAACUGGUGAACACUUCAUCAACUUCAUCAAAAACACUUCAUCAAAAAUGAAAACUAUAGAAGCAUUUAUGAGGUGCAGUGCAACAUCAGUGUGCAGAGAUAAAAAUACCAACAAUUACAACCAAAAUAAUGCUAUGCUUCUAGUAUACUGCCAGUGAUUUUUCAGAGGGUUAUCAAAGAAGGAACAAAAAAUAAGUAAACAUGCAAAUCUUUGUCAACCAGACUUCCAAACUAAGCUAAUUCUGCUGAUGGUUUUCAUUCAAGGAAAAAAAACCUAAACAAAUGCCUUAAUUAUCUUUUGUCAUUUCAGCAAAAUCCAAGCUAAAAUCUGCAUCGCGUUGCAUUACCCUAGAUAUGAGCCAAUUCAUUGUGCAUAAAUAAUUUCAAUUCGAUACAUAUACUGCUUUAAAAUUCUGUCAUUUAAAUUGCAAUUAAGUGAAGAUUUGUUUCUAAACCAUGCAUUUUUAUAAAAGUCUAUGGUUAUAUAGAAAACAUGGACAUGCUAUUUUACUGAAAAGGUGAACUCAAGACUCUUCUUUAACAUCUAAUCUCCUUAAAAUCAAGCAAUUAGUGAUGUCUUUUGGAGAUCAAGCAACUUUUGGAGUGCAAGUCCAAAAGAAUAGGCUAUUUUGAUUUGGGAGCUAUUUUUAGUCACUGAAGAGCUAUUUCCAAUGUAAAGUUGUCAUGCCAGCAAUGACGGGUUUUGAAUUUUAAAACCCAUAAGCCAGGUCUGGACUAGCAAAGGGAACUGCUGUGCUUGUCAGUGCCAGUUGUCUUCAAUAAAAUAAUAAGCUCCACAGAUAGUAAAAGCUACAUGCUACAACAAAGAAUUCAAAAAACAUAAUACCAGAGAUAAAUUCAAACACUUCCAAGACAGUCAGCCUCCUGGGUAAGGAAGCAACUAGCCAGUCUGGAAGGAUGCUACAAAGCAGGCGAUAAUUUAGAAACCCUUGCGAGAAAAUUUUGAAUUGUUCCUGUCAAAUAAAUACAGAACUCACAAAACUUUAAGGCAGAAUGGCUUUCAACAGCAAAACAUCCUUAAGGAGUCCAGAGCAUAUGGUGAGAAAUUAACCUCACAAUAAUUCAAGCAAGUCAUUCAGCUGUGCCAGUGAGAAGCAGUAAGAGAAUUUCAAGAUUAUGGAAUAUGGACAAAUCACAUUAAUUCAGGUUAUCUUGGGUUGAAUAAGAAACAAUAAACCUGAAAGCCUCUAUAGAACUAUGAAAAUCAAUAAGAAAAGAGAUACUAAAAUGAAAUUGUUUCAAACCUAUGCAUUUAUUGAAGAAAAAAGGUUCAUCUAUAAAAUACAGGUUU